GGUGUCCCAAAGAAGGAAAAAAGGACAGGAGCAGGACUCUAGACAUGGGGCUAUGGUUCGAUGAAAAGGGCCCCUUUCAUAACAAUUCAGUACGACGAGCUGGUGCCGGCCUCUCUCACCACGAAACACGGCGGCUUCUACAUCAACACGGGCACCCUGCAGUUCAGACCGGCGUCCGACUCCGAGGGGGACAGCGCCGGCGCCGAGGACCACCGCUUCAAGAAGAUGAAAGAUGGCGAGGAACGGGUGAUAAAGAAGCGUCGAAAAAAGCAAGAUGGUGGAAUUCUGGAGGACAAGAAACCCAGGAAGAUCAGAGUACCAAAGACCGGAGUUUCAGCGCUGAAUGUCCAUCGGCCGGAGAAGAAAAAGAGGAAGAAGCUGAUGAAGGACUCCAUCCACCUGGCCAACAUGCUGCGCCGCUUCACCCGGGAGAAGGAAGAGAUGCGCAAGAAGAACCUGGCUGGCGCCGGUCUGCCGCGCCCCGCCGGUCUGCCACGCCCCGCCGGUCUGCCUCGCCCCGCCGGUCUGCCUCGCCCCGCCGGUCUGCCUCGCCCCGCCGGUCUAACACGCCCCGCCGGUCUACCACGCCCCGCCGCCAAAAUGCCCAACGCCAACAGCGCACUCCUCAACGCCCAGUCCAAGGCUGCUGGCAGCAACGAAUGCAACAUGGCCGACCUGGCCACCGACCCGGCUGUGAUGUCACUGCUGGGCUCGGCCAAUAACGACAUGCUGCAGGACAUGAUGGGUGACCUGGACUUCGGGAUGCUGGACUCUCCUCAGCCCUCCAGUCCUCUCCAGGGAGAGAACGGCGCCUUCGGGAUGGGACACAAAGCGGGAGGCAGCCGAGCGUCCCAGGGCAACAUGAUAGCCCCCCCUCCACUGCCCAGCGGACUCCCAGCCCCGCUCACAAAGCGCAUCGAAGACCUGAGAGCGGCGUCCCCGUUUGAUGCAGAAGGCAGGAAGAAGUUCUUCACACUGGACAUGAACAACAUCCUGCUGGACAUUGAGUUGCAGGUUCAGGAGCAGCCGGCAGAGGUGCGUUCAGUGGUCUACUCCCACCUGGAGGUCUUUGUGCCCUGCAAUAAAGAAGCUCUGCUCAAACGGCUGAAGAAGCUCAGCCUCAACAUACAGGACGACCGGCUUCGAACCCCCCUGCUGAAGCUGAAGCUGGCCGUGUGCAGCGUGAUGCCGGAGCAGAUCGCUCGCUACAACAUGGACUGCAUCGCUAAAGUGGCAAAGCAGCAGUCCGGGGAGGCGGAGAAGAACGGGUCGGAGGACGAUGACGAGGAGAAGCCGGGGAGGAGGGUGAUGGGCCCCCGGAAGAAGUUUGUCUGGGACGACAAACUCAGGUUACUGCUCUGCAACCUGGUGCGGGUGAAGCUGGGCUGCUACGAGCUGGAGAACUCGGGAGCGCUGUCUCGGGAAGAAUACCUCAAAGCCUUCAUGGAGGCGGAAGUGAAACCUCUUUGGCCCAAAGGCUGGAUGCAGACCAGGAUGCUGUUCAAAGAGAGCACCGUAGCUCAUGGUCACAUCCGAGCGAAGAGGAAGAUGGUCACUACUCCCAAGGCCAAGCCAAAGGAGGCGGUGUGGGUUCAGCGGUCCGUUCCCUUAGCGGGCGCCACCCCCCCCCCUGCUGCCCAGGUUGCCAAGCGACCGCCUCAGUCGCCGUCUGAGCCCAUAUGUCUGGAUUCCCUCGACGAGGACCUAACCGCUCCCUCCCUGGACUCCAUCUCCAAGGCCCUGGCCAUCCUCGGCAACGCAGCCAAGGGCCUGGCGCACGGAGGAAACAGCCCCCCGUCCCCGGACGGACCCAAGACCGCGUCCAAGCCGUCUUCGCUCCACGCCUCGCCGCUCAUCCAGCAGCAGAAACACAACUCUGUCGGCAGCCCCGGCUCCAACGCACCUCACUACGUCUCUACCUCUUCGUCCCCCUCCACCCCUCUGUCCCGGCCCCUCUGCGUCAUGGCCGCUCCUCUGCCCUCGGUCAGGGUGGACGGGAUGGGCGUCGUUAAGGGCGCCGUGCAGGCGCACAGACACUCGGUGCUGAACGCUCAGAGAACUCUGGCCGUGGUCAAGGCCAACAUGCCGGCCUCGGCGCCGCCGCCGGCUAAACAGCGUCCACCGCCCACUGCGUCUCCGCUCGUGGCCCCCGGGUCAAAGACGGGGGUCUCCGCGCCCUCGUCCGGCCUCCUCAAAGGCAGCAAUAACAAAUCCAACAGCGGCGACACGAUAAUCAUCACGUCGUCGCCUCAGUCUCGGCCACACGCCCUCAUCUCCCCCCCACACAUGAGCCCCAAAACCUUCCAGACGCCGCGCCCGCCCCACACUCCGCAGAGCAAAGCCUCGCCCUCCCCCCUCUCUCAGACGCACGCCGGCGUUCAGCCCCAGCCGCAGUCUAACUUCAUCACCCCCAUGCAUGCCACGCUCACCAAGUCCACCCACAGCAGCAUCCCGCCCAUCGUCAAACUCACGUCCCGGCCCCUGAACCCCGCUGUGAUCACCACCACCGCGGCCUCCCCCUCCGUCUCCCAAAGCCCCCGGUCUCAGGCAACCCCCCUACUCCACCAGUACUCUCCCAAAAGCCCAGCAGGCUUCCGCCUGCCGUUCUCAGGUGCCCAAGGAGGAGCGACCAAGCCGGGGCAGGGCAGCUACACCCUGUCAGGCAGCCAGAAGACUCCCAACAGCAACAACAGCACCACCAACACUAGCCUUAUUAACACCAUAUCCAUAAGCAAGCAUUCAGGAUCCAGUGCCUCCCCCACGAUAUCCUCCGCCAACGCAGGCCAGCGUCAGAGGACGGGGGGCGGGACAUCUCAGGGGGCCAAGCCAGUUGCGUCUGUCCUAUCGUCAUCUGUCUCUCCUCAGUUGCCACAGGUCUCCACGGCGGGCGGCGGGGGCCUGCUGGGCUCAGCCUCGCCUCUUCCCCUGGGGUUCGGGAUGCUGGGGGGCCUGGUGCCCGUGUCCCUGCCCUUCCAGUUCCCCCCGCUGCUGAACCUGCCCCCGCUCGGCACGGCCGGCUCCAGCACGGCAGCCGGCGGCUCGGCAGCCAAUAGCAACGCGGCGUUCUCCACCCUGACGCAGAAUCUGUAUAAGAGUCUCCAUCAGGGUCAUCCAGUGCUCUGCCUCCUCACUUGCCAGCUCGCUUUCCCAGAUGUCAGUCAAAGCCAGGCAGGAGACGCUAAGAGGAAGACUCUAUGAUGCAGCUGGACUCCCAAUGCCCGGGGGGGGACGCUGUCCAAUGAAAUGACCUUGUGUCCGGACAAAUCAUGGACAGACCACUCGUAGCAGCGGUCUGAAAGGAGGACUGGGUUACACUUGAUCUGAACAAAAGGAUCAGCUCAAGUUUUCAUGAAUACCGCAGUUGAAUAUAACUUUUUUAAAGGAUUUCAUAACUUUUAAAUACUAUUCUUCAUAAAAUUGGUAAUGAAAUAAUGAUGACGAAUAUAGUUUGGUGAUGUUUACAACAUAGACCUAUAUCACUGUGGACAGGGACGUGUGUGUGUGCGUGUGUGCGCGUGUGCGUGCAUGGUCAGUGUGUCCAUUUGGUGCUGUUUCUUUCAUAAUGUAAUUAUCACUGAUACCUGUAAGAAAUGUAAACUGAAUAGAAUGAGCUUUUUUCUUCUUCUUCAAUGAGAGCUGUACACUUUUUAUUGUACUUGAAUUCGUUUGUUCCUGUAUAGAACUCAAACUUUUAAUUAAAAUCUUUCCCUUCAA